GACUUCCUCUUCCGGCUGAUAUUCAACAUGCUGAGGAAAUAGACAUCAGAGACAACGCCAAGUUUUCCUCAGUUCUUUUUAUUUUUCACAGAUGCGCUUGAGGUUUUUAAUUAUCAAGUAAAGGACAAUAGUUGAACGACAGAACUAGCACAUUUGUCCUGCAUAUCGGGUGAAGAUGCCAGCUCUAAGCAGUAGAUUCUACCAGCACAGGUUCCCAGAGGUGGAGGAUGUGGUGAUGGUCAAUGUCAGGUCAAUCGCAGAGAUGGGCGCAUACGUCAGUCUUCUGGAGUACAACAACAUCGAGGGCAUGAUUCUGCUCAGCGAGCUCUCUAGACGACGAAUCCGAUCCAUAAACAAACUCAUCCGGAUCGGACGCAAUGAGUGUGUGGUGGUCAUUCGGGUGGAUAAGGAGAAAGGCUACAUUGAUUUAUCCAAAAGAAGAGUGUCGCCAGAAGAGGCCAUUAAAUGUGAAGACAAGUUCACAAAAUCUAAAACUGUUUACAGCAUUUUGAGGCAUGUAGCUGAAGUCCUGGAGUACACCAAAGAUGAGCAGCUGGAGAGUCUGUACCAGAGAACCGCUUGGGUGUUUGAUGAGAAGUACAAGCGGCCUGGAUACGGUGCCUAUGAUGUCUUUAAGCAGGCUGUGUCGGAUCCAGCUAUAUUAGAUGGUCUGGAAUUGACAGAGGAGGAGCGGGCCGUCCUGAUUGAUAACAUCAACAGACGCCUCACUCCACAGGCUGUCAAAAUCCGAGCGGACAUUGAAGUUGCCUGCUACGGCUAUGAGGGCAUCGAUGCAGUGAAGGAGGCUUUGAGAGCAGGACUAACAUGUUCAACAGAGUGCAUGCCCAUCAAGAUCAACUUGAUUGCUCCUCCUCGAUAUGUUAUGACCACGACCACACUGGAGCGCACAGAGGGCCUUUCUGUGCUCAAUCAAGCCAUGGCCGUCAUUAAAGAGAAGAUCGAAGAGAAGAGAGGCGUCUUCAACAUUCAGAUGGAGCCAAAAGUUGUGACGGACACUGAUGAGACGGAGCUGGCACGACAGUUGGAGCGGCUGGAGAGAGAGAACGCAGAGGUGGAUGGAGAUGAUGAUGCAGAGGAGAUGGAGGCCAAGACUGAGGACUAGUCUGAAGAAAGACGACAAACCAGCAGUGCUAUAAUCAUUCCAGAGACUUCAGAGUUACAGUGAAGGGUUUAUCACAUCAUGGAGACUGAAAAAAAUACACUGCUUCUGUAAUACUAAGGAGAGUGAGAGAUGUUGACUACAUUGAUGUGCUUUUGCUUAUCGGAUGAGAUUCGUGGGAGGAAUUCCUUCCAUGAACACUAGUUUUACUUUGGCUAUGUUAGUACAGGUAAUAUUGUGGUUGAUUUAAGUGACCUUCGUCUUCAGCUUUAUUCGAGAUGACUUUUGUGGUAAAAAAACAAAACUGAAAUCUUUAUAGACAGCCAGCCAGUUUACUUAUCAAAACUCUCUGUUGCACAGAGCUAAUAAAAACAAGCCUUUUUCAUCUA